CACCUGUGAACAGGUAUUUGUGUAUAAAACAAACGAUAAACUCUUGUGUUCAGCAAUCUAAUUGUUUCACGUACUCUUGUGCUAUAGUAUAGUAUAGUAUUAUACAAUAUUAUCAUCAUGCGUGUUAUUUUGUGCAUUGCAAUGGUCUUGACCACUGUUGUGACUAUCUCGGGACAAAGGAGUGGGUGGCCUUGGUCACGAUAUGGAGGGAUGCGAAAUCCAAGAUGCAUCAGUUGUUCAGAGGUAAAAGAGGCUCAUCUGUGUGAAUCCUGCUGCAAAAUGAAUGUGUGUCUACCUAACCCAUGUAAGAAUAAUGGAACGUGUUCACCAGUUGAUAACAGUUACAGCUGUAAUUGUGCUAUAGGAUAUUUAGGAAAAAACUGUGACGUGAAUCUGUGUCUACCCGACCCAUGUAAAAAUGGUGGUACUUGUUCACCAGUUGAUAACGGUUACAGCUGUAAUUGUCCUACAGGAUAUUUAGGAGAAAACUGUGAUGUGAAUCUGUGUCUACCCGACCCAUGUAAAAAUGGUGGUACUUGUUCACCAGUUGAUAACGGUUACAGCUGUAAUUGUCCUACAGGAUAUUUAGGAGAAAACUGUGAUGGUAAGGUACUUACAUUCAUUAUUGUCAUAAUAAUUUAGCAUGCUUUGAUUAACAAGCAGACAAGUUCAUUUGUGGAUGCUCUAGAGGCUAAAGUUAAUAUCCGAUUGAGUAUAAAUUUAUACACAGUGUUUGAGGUCAUGAGACGAAGAUUCCUAUUGAUUUUUAACGAUUUCCGAUAAUUACUGCCAAAGUUAUGGCCCUUGAUCACUUUGCAAAAUCUUGUGACGCUCUAAAGGCUAAAGUUAUCAUCCGAUUGACUUCAGAUUGAUAUACAGAGUUUAAGAUCUUGAGACGAACAAGUAUAUUGAUUUUCAAUGAAUUUUUAUGACUUGAACAGUUAAAUCCAUGAUAUUAAAAGCUUUGCAUACAAAACGUUAGCAUGGGGCAGAACUUUAUAAAAACCAAACAAAUUCUAAUAGUUUUCUGAUUGUACGUCGUGAAUUGUUGCUCUUAAUCAGAUUUUAGUGUAUUAUAAAUGUUUCAUUACCGAAAAAAGUAAAAAUAUGCGACAACCCUUGUUGACUGCCUGGACGAUUUAGUUGCUGUGGGCGUAUGUUUUCUUGCCUGGCUACCUAUCUUUAAUUCUAGUGAAUCUGUGUCUACCCGACCCAUGUAAAAAUGGUGGUACUUGUUCACCAGUUGAUAACGGUUACAGCUGUAAUUGUCCUACAGGAUAUUUAGGAGAAAACUGUGAUGUGAAUCUGUGUCUACCCGACCCAUGUAAAAAUGGUGGUACUUGUUCACCAGUUGAUAACGGUUACAGCUGUAAUUGUCCUACAGGAUAUUUAGGAGAAAACUGUGAUGUUAACCUAUGUGAUUUCAACAACCCCUGUUUAAAUGAUGGUACGUGUUAUCCAUCAGAAGGUGGCGUGAGUUGCAGCUGUCCUCCUGGAUUUGAAGGGUCCUUUUGUCAAGAAGAUUUAUGUGACCCGAGUCCUUGUACCGAGAUCGGGGAUACAUGUUUUCGUGUUGAUGGUGGAUUUGAAUGUCGAUGUAUUUAUAUUGUAAAUGAUGAAAUUAUAACAUCACCGAAUUAUCCACUUGGAUAUCCAAACAACUUCGCCAUUUGCUAUCUUGUAAUUGGCCGACCUGAACAGAAUAUCACCUUAACUCUUGGCGGACAAUAUAACAUUGAGUUAUUUAGGGUGAUGGUGAUUAGUACAUGCCGGGGCGAACUAUCUACAACAUGUAUUAAAGAUUAUCUAACGCUUCAGGGAGUAAGUUAUUGUGGUGGGACACCGCCAGACCCUAUCAUAGUACCAACUGGUGAAAACACCACCGUGAGAUUCGAAACAGAUUCCAUCUUUACAUGCCUUGGUUUUAACCUGAGCAUUACCUACACAGAUGUAUAAAGCCAAGACAUCAAGAGAUGUAUACAUUUUGAGACAUCAAGAAUAAGUCGUGUUAUAGCCAUCAAUGUAAUAACUAUAUCCAAAUUAAUCUAAAUUCAUUUAAAUAACAAAAUUAAAUCCAUUCUAGAAACUGACCAAUAACCUAAAUAAACAAUUCUUACUGUAAUUUUCAUUUAUUCACUUAAAGUCUCGAUGCGUCAUUUUAGCGCUAUUGGAAUUACUUCUGUUCAGUACUGAAUACGCCCACACAGUAUCUGUGUCUCAACUGCAGCUGAUCUGAAAGGAAAACUUGGAUGUUGAACAAAUUUGAAAAGGAUCGAAAAUUGAAAAAAUAAACAAGCCUCUCUGAUGUCCCCCGCCGAAAUCCAAACAUAAAUAGAUGACACAUAUUAAUUAAUCGCACAUUUAUUUUUUUCAAAAGUAUCAAGCAAUCAAACUGCACACUAAGUUUCAUCCCUCUUUACCAGAUAGAAUCAGUUUAUCUUGUCCCAAAGCAUUGACCUAUGAAAUUGAUUAGUUCUGCUUAGCUUCACGUCAAGACAUUCACCUAAUGAACAUCUACAUCAAGUUUAACCAAUCUACCUCAAUUGAAAGCAGACUUGUUACGUUCCAAAGUCUUGACCAAUAAAAUUGCUUAUCGCUCCUUAGCGCAAGCAGAAAAUUCCCACCAUUGAACUUAGUCAAGGUAAUGAUAUAAUGAAUCUAUAUUCUGAGUUUCAUCGCUCUCACUUCAUUAUAACCAAAGUUAUCGUGUCCCAAAGCAUCAAACAAUCAGAUUGCUUAUCUCUGCUUACCGUUAACAGACAAUGUUAAUCAUCGAACCCCAAGGCAUUCACCUAAUGAACGCCAACAACAAUUUUGAACAUUCUACCUCCAUAAGGAGAGUUAAUGUGUCCCAAAGUCUCGCCCAAUCAAAUUGUUUAUCGCUCUGCUUACCCCCAGCAGAAUAUUUUCAUUAUCGAACUUAGUCAAGGUAUUGAUGUAAUAAAGCUAUACACUAAGUGUCCUCACUCUCACUUUAUUAGAUUUAAAGUUAUCGUGUCCCAAAGCAUCAUCCAAUCAAAUUGCUUAUCUCUGCUUACGGUAAGCAGAAAAUUCUCAUCUUCCAACUCCAUCAAAGCAUUCACCUAAUAGACAGCUACGUCAAGUGUGAAUAUUCCAACUCAAUUAGUAUGAGAGUUGUUGUGUUCCAAAAUCUCGACCAAUCAAAUUGCUUAUCGUUCUGCUUACCCUGAGCAGAAAAUACUCAUUAUCGAACUUAGUCAAGGUAUUGAUGUUAUGAAAGUAUACCCAAAGUUUCAUCACUCUCACUUAAUUAGAACUUUAUCGUGUCCCAAAGAAUUAACAAAUCAAAUUGCCUAUCUCUGCUUACCCUAAGCAGAAAAUUCUCAUCUUCGAACAACAUCAAGGCAUUCACCUAAUAAACACCUAAACCAAGUUUGAACAUUCUAGCUUAAUUAUAAAGAGGGUUAAUGUGUCCCAAAAAGUAUAACGGACAGACAGACCGACGGACGAACCCAUUUUAAUAGUCCUCUUUCUUCGAAAGGCGGGGGACAAAAAAAUCUGUUAAAACCUAUAGCCUUUAUCGCUUUCAUACGGUUUUCGGCAAAGAGGGGAUAACUCAGGAACAACAGAAGGCUGUGGAUUAGGAAUAUUGACAGGGUUCGAUGACCAAUACUUCAAGCCAAAUAUGAAAAAGAUCCAUUAACAACAAUGAAAUCAAAUGGGGUUUAACCACAUACAGCUCUGCCCAUAAAUCCUUUUCUUAUGAUCGGAAUCAAAAAGGACUGCAGGCAUUAUGUACUUUAAGAUGCUAGUAUACGUAUUCACUCCGAUUUUCAAGCUUCUACGACCAACGGUAACGGUGGCGAGACCAUAAGACGUUCGCAGAAUAAUGGUAUAUUACCAUGUAGUUAUUUUGAUUUAGGUCGAUUUUCAAAGAUGACCGCCGUCAUAGCGCAACCCGUAAAGAAGGCCGGGUUUGUUUGGUUUUUUUUACCGACAACGGUGUUUUUAGACUAUAGAGGCAUCAUUCCUGUGGUCGUAGUACAUUGAAAUGCUGAUAGAAUGUGCAUUGGGAUCCUAGCUAUAACCUAUUAAAAAAUAGUGGGUGCGUUUUCGGGAACAGUGAUUUUGUUUGCUCGAAAACCACCCCAACCAACAACAGCCGUUUUCUAUUAAAAUCGCCCAUAUUUUAUCGAAUUAUUAUUGUUCUCGAGAUCGCAGCUUUUAAAAGGUGAUAGAUAUGAGUAGUAUGCACCCUCUAAGAAAAUUUUGAGAUCUUGGAAAUACCGGAACGAUGCCUCAGCUGUCGAUUUUCGGCAUUUCCGUUCUUAUUGUCACCGACAUGGUUCCAGUGGUUUUGACGUCGAGGCGCACGAGCCCUCACUGCACAACAGACGUGAUAAAAUGGCCCUGCAGUAUGCUACGAAAAUUGCAUCACUACCGAAUCACAUUUCAUUUAACACCAUAUUUAGACCUCUUCAUGAGCAUUUGUAUCUUGUGAAGACUAAUUAUUUUCCAUCAUUCGGUAUUCGCAUACAACCCCUUUUGUCUGAGGCUGGUAUCAGCCUUGACAGUAUUGCGGAUACCCCUUUCUUUAAUACUCCACCGUGGGCUAUGUCUCCCCCAAAGAUUGAUUUCGAUCUUUCUCAGCAUAAAAAGAGGGAUACUAGCUCGACGGUGUUCGACUCUCUCUUUAGAGAGUUAAGGUCUAAGUAUGGUGAUUAUGCUCCUAUUUACACAGAUGGAUCUAAAGAUGGCGACCGGGUAGGUUCGGCUACCGUGACACCAUCUGAGACCAUUUCUGUCUGUCUUCCACCUGCUGCUUCAAUAUUUACAGCUGAGCUCCAGGCCAUUCUUCAGGCCUUGGAGUUCAUACAAUCCUCUUCAUCUUUAAAGCAUAUCAUCUUUACUGAUUCUCUGUCCUCGCUUCAAGCAAUUAAUAAUAAACAGCUUGAACACCCAUUGGUAGCAGAUGUUUAUCGUCUGCUACUAUCUUAUGAGUUUAACAGCAAAGACGUCGUCUUUUACUGGCUCCCCAGUCACGUUGAUAUAAGGGGGAAUGAUCAAGCAGAUUUUGCUGCCAAAGCUGCUUUAGAUCUUCCCCAAUCACCCUUUUUAAUACCUUAUAAAGAUUUUAAUUCGUGUAUAAAUCAUUUUAUUUAUGACCGCUGGCAACGGUCUUGGGAUCUUGCAGGCACAAAUAAACUUCAUCACAUUAAGCCUCUCCUAGGAGAUUGGUCCAACUCCUAUAGAACCAACAGGAGGGAUGAAGUUGUUUUGUGUCGCUCUCGCAUUGGUCAUACCUUUUUAACUCAUAUUUUCAUUUUGAAGCGAGAGCCUCAACCGGAAUGUGUUCACUGUCAUGUUCCUUUGACAGUGAAACACAUCUUGAUUGAGUGCAAACAUCUCAAGUACAUUAGAUCUAAAUACUACCGUUGCAAGUACGUCAGCUAUUUGCUCAACCGGAGCUAUAUGACAAAGUGCUAACAUUUUUAAA